CCGGAAGCGGAAGUGACGCCCUCAACACCCGCCUUAAGUGUCGGGAAGCGGUCAAGAUGGCGGCGGCGGCGGCUAAUCCGGAAUUGCCGGUGUUACCCGAUUCGGUGUUACUGCAGGUUCUGGCGUUGCUGCCGUUACGGGAGAGGCUGCAGGCAGCCAGGGUCUGCCGGCGGUGGCAGAGGCUGGCGCUGGACCGGACGGUCUGGAGACAUGUGGAUUUGAGUCCGCACCGGAUCAGCUCCCAGACCCUGUGGCACCUGGUCCGGCAGCGUCUCCGCGACAGCCUGCGGACGCUGCGGGUACGGGGCGCGCUCCACUCCGGCAGCAAGAGGCGGAUCCUCUCCCCGGCACUGCUGGCCGCCCUCGGGAAGCGGUGUCCCCAGCUCUACCGGCUGUGUCUGACAGAGACGGACCUCCGCCCCAUCCCCUACGAGAACGUCCCCCCUUCCCUUACGGCGCUGGAGCUGAGUCACUGCGAAAUCCCUGCUGCCUGGUUCUGCGGCUCCGCCGCGAGGGCCCUGCCCCAGCUGCAGCAUCUCAUUAUCCACAAUGUCCCUGCCUUUUCCGAUCGUCAUCUGCUGAAUGUCUCCUCCCAGAGCAGCCUGAAGGCUCUGAGCCUUUGUGGCACCUACCGCGUAACAGAUACGGGGAUUCAGAGAGCGGCUCCGCACCUGGAGGAGCUGGAACGCCUCGUGCUGCGUCACUGCGUCAUCGGCGACUCCGCCGUGGGCUUCAUCGGGCGCCACAUGAAACAUCUCCGGUUUCUGGAGAUCAGCGAUGCUUACUCCCUGACGAACACGGGUCUGGCUUGUUUAGCAAGCCUGCAGCGCCUGGAGACGCUCUGCCUUGACGUCUGCGAUAAGAUUUCCCCGGGUGCUGUUAUUGCUUUGUGCCAAGCACUGCCCCAGCUGAGGAACCUCAAAUUAGGCGGGGCUCGCUUUGAAGAUGAAGUAAUUGAUAAAAUUCAGGCGAGUUUGCCCCACUGUAGCUUCUCACUUACUCCUUGAUGCACGGCCUGAAGCAGCAGGGUUUUUGCCAUUUGUCACUAUGCCCGAAGUGCUCCUUUUUGGGAAAAGCCUGUUUGCCUGGGAGCUGCUGGAUGUAUUUUUGGGACAGAAUUUACACUGGGGCCAAAACGGAAAGUGUGUCGUGUAAAAUGGUUUGUCAGGAAUUUGGUUUUGGUAGGAUCCCACACUUUUCCGUGAAUCGGGGGAAUAGGAAAGCUGGGGAGCACCCAGCUUUUGGGAACCCGACUGAUGAGCUGACCAAAGACUGACUGAGGUUACAAGUUUAACCUCUGUCUGCUCCUCUUCCCCCACUGCUAAACAUCAGGCAGCAGCUUAACGAGCACAGAAUUCAAGGAGCAAAGUGAGGCGCCCUCCUGCCACUGAAAAACAAGCUGGCAGCCCAAACCCCAGACUUCCAGUUAAUAUCUAACUCCGGAUUGCUUAACCGCCCUGCACAUGCACUCCAAACUCUGCCGGGGGAAGAAAUACCUCAGCGAUGUGUGCCAGAGCUGCUGGAGCUUUCUUAGAAGAGCUCAGGCCAUCUGCCCAGACGGCGAGUGUUUUCAGCCCACGAUAUCGUCUUGCUUCUACUUUUCUUCAAAUUCAGUUCGAGUUACUCCUCCUUGGUUGCGGGGCUUCCUGAAUGCCUGGUCCCAAGAGCCACACGUCCCAUUUGCGCAGCGAUCGGGCUGGCACGUCCUCUUGGGCAUCGCCAGGGGCUGCCGUUACCUCUGGGUUUUGCUGGGAGCAGCCACGUUUCCUCAUCCCCUUUUAUUAUCCGCGUUCUCCUCCUCCCCGCGAUGUCGUAACUCCAGAUAACUGACACCGAGCCUUGUGACGUUGCUAUUCUUAGGUUGUUGAGUCAGCCAAGGAUGUUUUUAAAUCAAAUACCGUAUUUAUUAAAUAAAAAUGCUUUUGUAUUA